AUGUCUUAUGUUACAACAGAACUUAUUUCAGAAAACCAAGAAGAACCCAAUACUUUUCAAGAAGCAGAAGAACUUGAAGUAGACACUGAAUUGAUUUCUGAAGAGUUAUUAUUGACUAGUUUAUCAGAAAGCUCAUUUGAAGACGACAUGGAAGAAGAACUUCUGAUAGAUGAAACAUUAUCACCACUUGAAAAAAUAUCUUUAUAUGUAAGAAGUGAAUUAGCAUUUCAUAGAGUGUUCAUUGCAAAAGAAUUUCCAGCAUUAAUAAGGGAUGUUGAAGUCAGUGAGGCCUUAGAAUAUGUAUUACCAUUAAUUAUUUCUCUAGGAACCGAUCCAGAGGACCAUGUUAAAGAAGCUUUCGCUACUCAAUUGGAUGAUAUCAUAUGGUUUUAUUAUUCUCAUUGUACACUCAGAGAAGCUGCAGAUUGUUCACCAAUUGACAUAGUGGAUUUAAGACCCCCAACAACUCAAAUAUCGCAAACUCUCCAAAGACCACAGACACCAAUACAACAUUAUAAUUCGCAACAAACAUCAUCUCAAACACCAUCUCCGGCUAAUAACACUCCGUAUUUAUCACCUUCUGCCUUUACUUUUUUACUCCGUGCUCUUCUUCUUGAUCAAAACACGAGAAUUGCACAAGCAGCUCAAGCUACAAUUCAGUCGCUUGUUGAACGGGUAUUAGAGGAACUUGGUGUUAAAUCCAAAAAAAAAGACUUAUUAGAAAAAGAAAUAUUAGAAGGUGUCGUUCUAGGCAUUGGCAGAUUAGAUCAAGAGAAAUUUAGAAAGGAAGAAAUAAAUGAAUGGGAACAUUAUGGUGAUGAACAUGGUGUUAGCACUGUGUCUGGUAGGGAAGAAGAAGCAGAAUUGGGAAGAAUUACAAUGAUGUCUUUAAUAUCUUCUUUGGCACCUAUCGUUGGACCAGAAAGAUGUACUCUCAAGAAUUGUGAUAAUAAUGAUAAAAAUCCUGAAGAUGUUAACUUCAGAACUAUAACAGACAAUGCAUUUAAAAAGAUAAGAGAACACCAAGACUAUGAAAGCAUAAAUUAUUUAAGAUUAAAUGAACAACUUUGUGCUAAUCACUACAUGAAGUAUGUAGCAUAUUAUAAACGUAAGCAAUUGAAUGUCAAUGAAAAUUCUUCAAAUAAUAUCAAGAUUAAUGUCACAGAAAAUGGAGUUCUUUUAUCCAGAGAAGAUUUUGUCAAGAAUUGUGAUAAUAAUGAUAAAAAUCCUGAAGAUGUUAACUUCAGAACUAUAACAGACAAUGUGUUUAAAAAUAUAAGAGAACACCAAGACUAUGAAAGCAUAAAUUAUUUAAGAUUAAAUGAACAACUUUGUGCUAAUCACUACAUGAAGUAUGUAGCAUAUUAUAAACGUAAGCAAUUGAAUGUCAAUGAAAAUUCUUCAAAUAAUAUCAAGAUUAAUGUCACAGAAAAUGGAGUUCUUUUAUCCAGAGAAGAUUUUGAAUAA